UAUUGCCGGCCCCUCCUCCCUCUCUUUUUCUCCUCUCUUCUGCUUCAUCAUCAUAAUCACACCCACAAAAACAACAAAUUGUCUCGGCACUCUGUAUAAAAAAAUCCAAUCAAAUCACGCCCUCUUGAGUGUUAUUCUUCCUCGCCAGUUCUAAACUAAUUUUUAAAACUGUUAUUUUUGAUGAACAUAUAAUCUCUCCUUUAUCUUUCCAAACUUAAAAAACUCGGUUCUUGAGUGAACCAUACGCUUCUCGAACUAUAUAUAUUGAGGCAGAGGCGAAUAAAAACUGAACCUUUUCGCAUAGUUCUUCUUUAGUCUGAAAUGGUGGUGAAGAUGAUGAAGUGGAGGCCGUCCAAGAAAUUUGAGGCUAAAAUCAUGAUAAAUCAGCUAAAAGGCUUCAAGUUUUCGCCAGAGAUGUCAAUGGUUGUUCAAGAUUUUUCAAGACUGGCUGUGGAGAUUAAGUGGAAAGGAUCAAAGGGCAAUGCUUUGAGUUCUUUGAGAAGAAUUGUCAAGAGGAAUAUCACAAAGGAAGAGUCUUUAAGAGCAGAUGGAGUUGUUGAAUGGAAUGAGGAGUUUCACAGUUUAUGCAAUUUCGCUGUUUAUAAAGAUGGUGUUUUUUACCCUUGGGAGGUGUUUCUCACCGUCUUCAAUGGUUCAAACGGAGGAGAGCUUGACAAGGUCCUCCUUGUUGCUACAGCAUCAUUGAACCUUGCAGACUUCACCUCUACAGCCGAAAAAAAAGACGUUGAAGUUAGCAUUCCUCUGCAAGUAUCCAACUCCAACAAUGAGAGCAAUGCAUCACUCCAUCUAUCUCUUAGACUUCAAGAAAUGAGAACUUCUCAGGAGCCUUCGGAAUUAAUUCAAAGACCAUUUGCCUGUCUACCACUCUCACCCUACCGUGAAGUUCUGUCAACAGAGAAAGAUGAGGUUUCCACCCUAAAAGCCAGUUUAAGAAAGGUAAAUCUUUUCAAGGGACUAUCUACUAAGAAACCUAAGAAGGAAUCUCGUGAGGAUGAAGGAAGUGAUGGAAAGAGCUCAGUCAGAAGUGACGAUGCUCCAUGCAUCUACCCAUUGGACACGGAUUCACUAGAUGUUUCCGAUGAAGAAGAGGAUGCUAAAGAAGGAAAGGAUACCCAUAUCAGGAAGUCAUUGAGCUAUGAAACAUUGAAAUCUGCAAACCAUGCCGGAAGAUUGUUUUACUCCAGCACAAGCAGUAGUGAAGAUGAGGAUUGGAUCUUCUAUAGCUGUGAUAAAGUAGAUGCAGGAAACUUGUCUCAUGAUGACCCAAUUGCGUCAGUCUCUAUAACUGAUCAGUCCCUGAAUAGUUCAAUGCGCAGAAUUCUUCCAUGGAGGAAAAGGAAGAUGAGUUUCAAAUCUUCGAAAGCCAAAGGAGAGCCACUACUGAAAAAACACUACGGAGAUGAGGGUGGGGAUGAUAUUGAUUAUGAUCGCCGUCAACUUAGUUCUUCUGAUGAAUCAAGCUUUGCACUGCUCAAAACUGAGGAAGAUGCAAUAACAACUAGAUCUUCAGUUUCUGAAUUUGGAGACGACAAUUUUGCAGUGGGUAGUUGGGAACAAAAAGAAAUUUUUAGUCGCGAUGGGCAAAUGAAGUUGCAAACCAAAGUUUUCUUUGCUUCAAUUGAUCAGAGGAGUGAACGAGCUGCAGGUGAAGGCGCAUGUACAGCUCUGGUUGCUGUUAUUGCUGUUUGGUUCCAAGCCAAUCCUGAUGAAAUGCCCAUCAAGUCCCAACUCGACAGCCUGAUCCGAGAAGGUUCACUGGAAUGGAGAAAUCUCUGUGAAAAUGAGACCUACAGGGAGCGGUUCCCAGACAAGCAUUUUGACCUUGAGACUAUCCUUCAGGCUAAAGUUCGUUCACUUUCUGUAGUUCCAGAGAAGUUCUUCAUUGGCUUUUUCCAUCCAGAAGGAAUAGAGGAUGAAGGUUUCGAUUUUCUUCAAGGUGCCAUGUCCUUUGACAACAUUUGGGACGAGAUCUCUCAAUCCGGACAAGAUUGCACUGCUGAUGCUGACCCUGUAGUCUAUAUUGUAAGCUGGAAUGAUCACUUUUUCAUCCUCAAGGUUGAACAGGAUGCAUACUAUAUAAUUGACACAUUGGGGGAGAGGCUUUUUGAAGGCUGCAACCAAGCAUUUAUCCUCAAAUUUGACAGAGAUACAACAAUUUAUCAGGUACCUAAUGACACUCAAAAAUCGGAUGAUAAAGCUGCUUGUAAUAAAGUGGAGCAAAAUGACCUGAAGGAGGCUGUUGUUGCUGAAGAACAAAUUGCUGUUGAGAAUGAAGAAGAAUCAGAUCCCGUCUGCCAAGGCAAAGGUUCCUGCAAAGAGUACAUUAAGAGCUUUUUGGCUGCAAUUCCCAUAAGGGAACUACAAGUUGACAUCAAAAAGGGCCUGAUGGCUUCAACCCCUCUUCACCACCGGCUACAAAUUGAAUUCCACUAUACCAAGUGCUCACGACCUGUGCUGGUCCCUGAUUGCAUGCAAGCAAUUGGUCAUACGGAGGAAGUUCUACCUUUGGCAGCAUAGAAUGUGGUGUUUUUGGGCCGUCUAACUCAAUCAUUUUGUUGUGCGAUUUGCGUUUUAAGAUUUUCCCCUUGAGAAUGCCCUUUUUACGAGGACUGCUCUUGUACAGGCAAUUAUCUUUUCUACCUUCUAAAUGUAAAGGUGCACCUUGUUACCUUUAUGCAGCAUUUUCUAGAACCUUAAGAGGUUGAUGCUGUAAAUGACCAUAAAUCUAGAGUACUUGUAACUUUGUUGCAGUUGCUUUUAAUGUAUUCGCUAGAAAUUUGGAAAAA